AUGGCGGCACCGCCCAGGCACGUCUCCAUGCUCUCCAUCAGCAACAGCAACGCCGGCACCCCCCAGUCCGCUUCAAGCGAUAAACCACAAACUCCGCAGCCACCUUCAACUCCACAGCAGGCCUCGGGUCUUCGUGUGCCUUCCAACCGCAAAACCAUCUAUGACAGGCAUCUCAACCGCAGCCGCAAUGCAGAGCUCAGCCGGGCGAGCUUCGCCUACCUUUUCGCAGAGAUGGUCACAUAUGCCCAGCGAAGGGUAACAGGUAUCCAAGACUUGGAAAAAAGGAUACCCUCUUGGUCUUCGCCUUCUCGACCUUCUAUUUUAUCGAUCUACCUCUACCUCCUCCUCUGCUCUCUCCAGCUCAUCGACAUCAUCAUCCCCACCAAACCGUCCUCUCCGGAUCCUCCCCCUCCUCCAUCUCAUCCACGGCCCACUAUGGAGACUCCUCUUCCAGCGCUCCGCCGAUGCCCUCGAACAUUCCUCAAUACUUAUAUCAGUGUUCCACGUGAGAUGAACAUGCUCAACUGCGCGGCAUACAUUGCCGGUGUCAUUGAGGGGGUCUGCGAUGGGUGCGGCUUCGAGGCCAAGGUUUCGGCUCAUAACCAACCUACGGAGAUGUGGCCUAGCCGCACGGUUUUCUUGCUACGUUUUGGCGAUAGCGUGAUGGAAAGGGAGAAGGUGCUUGAGCGCGCUGGUAUCAAAUAA